AUGCCUGAGUUUCCUCCCCCAAUUGACCCAUCUUAUGUGCCAUCCGUCUCACUUACGAGGAUUCCCGCAAAUGCGCCAAUCGAAGACAUCCUCGCCAUUCUUGAGCGAGAUGGCGGGCUUAUCUUGACAGAUCUCGUCUCAAGUCAAGAUGUAGCCGCCAUCAACGACGAGCUUGACCCGUAUGUCCAGAAGGCCAGGGCCGAGGCUCACGCUGCAUACGAUCUGAUUCCCAAGCAAACAAUAAUGGUUCCUGGUGUUGUAGGCAAGUCACCAACGAUGGCCAAAAUUGCCGAGUUUGAGGUUAUUGAUAAACUGCGGACGUUGGUCCUGCAAAAGAAGUGCACUGCGACCUGGGAGGACCGAACAGAAGAAUUUACAAUCGGCCCUAUAUUGAACAGCAGUUUGACAUACAACAUCAGCUAUGGCGGCCCUCGUCAAAGGUUGCACAGAGAUGACAUGAUCCAUGGCAUCUACCAUAGUGGUGGUGAAUACAACCUUUCAAACGAAACUAUGCUUGGCUUCAUGAUUGCAGGGUGUAAAACUACCCGCGAGAAUGGAGCCACGAUGGCCAUUCCUGGGUCUCAUAAGUGGAACCAUACUCGGGUUCCCCGAACUGAUGAGGUCUGCUUUGCUGAGAUGGAGCCAGGCUCGGCCUUUGUCUUUCUCGGUACUGUCUAUCAUGGUGCCGGGCAUAACUCUGUUCCCGACCAGGUGCGCAAGGUCUACGGCCUAUUUUUCAUCUCAGGGACUCUUCGGCCAGAGGAAAAUCAAUUUUUAGCUAUUCCUCGAAGCAAAGUACUCAAAAUGAGCGAUGAAAUGCUCUCCCUCCUUGGGUAUAAAAAACCAGAGACAUGGCUGGGUAUUGUGAAUAACGGUGACCCGGCAGAAAACCUUCAAGAGGUAGGGGUCAAGUAA